AUGAAAAGUUUAAGAAAUUCAUAUAGUAUAUUGUUAAAAAUAGUGAUAAUAUCAACUUGUUUAUUACUUUUAAUAAAUAUUGCAUUAAUAUAUGAAGAUCCAAACCUUAUAGAUUCAAAUUGUAAAACGACAACAACAAUAACAAAAACUCAAAAUAAUAAAAAUAAUAAAGGUUUAGAAAACUUAAAUAAAAGUAAAAAAAAGUUAUUAUUAAUUUUAGAUUAUAAAUUAUUUAAUGAAGAUACUUAUAUGAAAUCGUUUAGUGAGUGUACAUCAAUAACAAAUCAACCACAAUGUGGAUUUACAACGGAUAUUUCAUUAGCUAAUGAAUCUGAUGGUAUUUUAUAUUUUAUACCAAGAACUACUAAAAAGAAUUAUAAUCGUAGUUAUACAAGUGUUCAUAGGACUUCAGAGAAACAAUUAUUCUUUGGUUGGUCAAUGGAAUCACCAUCAAUGUAUCCACUUGAAAAUGAUGAUACACAUUUAUCAUUGAAUUAUAAUGUCACGAUUGGGUAUCCAUUAAAUGAUUAUCAAAAAUAUGGUGCUGGUGUUAGUGAUGAAGAAUAUGAAGAAAAAGAUAUCCAAUCGUCACAUAUUUAUACACCAUACGGACCUGUGCCAUUCAAAGGUUCAGAUCAUUAUUCUUAUUUAUUUAAAUUUGGUAAAUUAAAAGAAAUACCAAAGAAAAGGGACUCCAAUAUAAUGUGGAUGGCAGGUAAUUGUAGGAAUCAAAAAUUAGGUAGAACUAAAUUAGUUAAACAAAUGAUGCGAUUCACCACCAUCGAUUCCUAUGGUAAAUGUUUACAUAAUAAAGAUCUAAAAGUGAACUAUGGUCCAAACGUUUUAUUAAGGUCAUUACAAAAACUCAAAAUUUUAAGAAAAUAUGAUUUCGUUGUUGCCAUUGAAAAUAGUAGAUGUGAAGAUUAUGUAACUGAAAAACUUUGGGAACCUCUAAGUGUUGGCACAAUUCCAAUUUAUUUAGGCGCUACAAAUAUCGAUGAAUUCUUACCACACCCAGACGCCAUAAUCAAUAUUGCCAACUUUAAUUCAAUCAAUCAUUUAAUGAAAUAUGUUAGAGAUGUUGGUCUAAAUGAAACUUUAAGAGAGAAACAUUUGGCAUGGAUAAAAAAACCUUUACCAAAGAAAUUUAAAAAUCUAUUAAAUCAAUCUUUAAAUAAUCAAAAUUUAUUUUGUUCAAUUUGUAAGAAAUUAGUAAAUUUAGAUAAUAAUGAUAAUAUAAACUAUACACCAUUAUCUAAACCUUUUAAACAAUGUAUUGAAGGUAAAUUCACUUUACCAAUUUAUACUGAAGAGGAAAAAGAAAGAGGUAGACUUUUAAGAUUACAAAAACAACAAGAACAAGAGAAAUUAGAACUACAAAAUAAUAAUGAUAAUUAUACCAAUGAUAAUGAAGAAGAAGAAGAAGAAGAAGAUAAUGAUAGUGGUAAUGAUAGUGGUAAUGAUAGUGGUAAUGAUAGUGGUAAUAAUGAUAGUAAUAGUAUAUAA